AUGCUGUUUCGGUUUAUAUUGUUAUUAACACUUGUCGCAGUCGCAAUAACAGUCGCCGUUGAUAAUGAGUUGCAGUCAAACUUUACUAUACGUGUGGAGGAAGAAAACUCGAAUAGCACAAGUGGAAUUAACAAUGAUAAAGGAUUCUGGGAAUGGUUGUUCGGUUCGGUGGCACCAUAUCCACCAUAUCCACAAUAUCCACCAACAGUCGUAGAACCACCACAACCAAAGAAUUGUACCAAAUGCACUUGUGGUUUGACAAACAAACACAAUCGUAUUGUCGGAGGCGUUGAGACGAUUGUUAAUCAGUAUCCUUGGAUGGCCCUAUUGAUGUACAGAGGACAAUUUUAUUGUGGUGGUACAGUCAUAAAUUCACGAUAUGUGUUAACGGCCGCUCAUUGCAUUGACAGAUUCGAUGCGAAUAAAUUGAUUGUCCGAAUAUUGGAACAUGACCGCAACUUGACCGGUGAAAGCAAAACGCAGGAUUUUCAAGUGGAAAAAACAAUCAAACACAGUGGUUACUCUACUACCAAUUACGACAGUGAUAUUGCACUCCUUAAGCUAAGGAAUGCUAUCACGUUCGAAGGUUUGAUGCGACCUGCUUGUCUCCCAGAACAAGGAAAAACCUUCGCCGGCGAAAAAGGCAUAGUGACCGGAUGGGGUGCCGUCAAGGAAGGUGGCUCGGUAUCGCAAUCUUUACAGGAAGUAGUUGUUCCUAUUCUUACAAACAAAGAAUGCCGCGCUACGAAAUACCCAUCGCGCAGGAUAACAGAUAAUAUGCUAUGUGCGGGUUUCAAGGAAGGCGGCAAGGAUUCGUGUCAAGGGGACAGCGGUGGUCCGUUGCACAUAGAAAAAAAUAGUGUUCACCAGGUAGUUGGGGUAGUAUCCUGGGGCGAGGGAUGCGCGCAACCCGGAUAUCCUGGGGUUUAUACCAGAGUAAACCGAUUCCUUUCAUGGAUUGCAAGCAACACGAAAGAUGGUUGCUAUUGCUGAUAUGCAAUUUUAAUAUAGACUGACAUAUUUAUUUUAGUUAAUUUAUUCAUAUAAUGACGGAAAAUGUACAAGUUACAGAAACAAUCAAUGAAGCGCACAAUGAAACAUACAUUAACAAUUCGUAUUGGCAUUAUACAAUCAAGAAUUCA